GCGCAGCGGGGCGGUUAUCAUCAGGUUCCCGUGGUUCGAUAUUCGGUCGAGCUUUCUUUUCGUCAACCUCAUCGUGACGAUCGUGGUGCUCGGUGGACUGUUGGCAACGAUCGAAAAGCAUCUGCCCACUGCCAUCCGGCAGACGUUCCGGUAGGACAAGCAUGCACUGAAGGGAUCAUCGGACCGUUUGGUGUCCCUGUUGGAGAUCCUGAAGGUGUGGUUCAUACAUUUCUACGUCUUUGCUGCCCUCUGGUCGGUGGCCGGAUUUGCCGUCAUGAUGUAGCCAGCGCGGGACUACGUAAUCGCCUUCCUCGAUACGUUGGCAACCAACAAUCGUAUGGUGCGCACCACGCCUACCGAGACGAUGGUUGCCAUGACGCUGAUCACGCUGCAGUGUUUGCGCCGGUUCUACGAGACCUGGUUCGUGCAGGUGUUCUCGAGCAAGCUGAAAAUCACCUACCAGUGGAUCGAAAAAAUGGUAAGGUUUUUGUCCAGCUUUUUUAGGUCGCUGGUUUCCGGCUGAUGGGAUUCAACUGGUUUUCCUGGA